AUGAUCCAGAGCCUCGAAGGCAUCGCCCAGUCGGACGCCAAGCUCGUGCGCGACAGCCUCGACCAAAGGCCCUCCAUGGGUGCGGUCUUUUCCAAAACGGUGUUCCUUCAUGAGCAAGGCAAGAAGGAGCUCGUGACCAACAACGCGGCCUUGGUGCUCGCGAUCGCCGACGUCGAAGCCAACCUUGCAACGCUUCAAGCAACGAUUCAAUCGUUGCGGCACAAGCCGACCGCCCGGCUCGCCCAGCGCCGACUUUCAACGUCGGCCGAAGUGUUCGAGACAGACGUCGACGUCGGACGUCUCAUCGAACAGUUUGAGCGGCUCCUUCGCCACACACUGCCAAAGUCCGCGCUGCACUCGAUCAAAGCCAAGCGCAUCCUCAUCGCGCUCGAAACGAUCGACGCGACCCGUCUCAAAUCCAUUGAAAUCACACUGGGCGACUACCUUCCGUUUCUAUUGCCACUGGCGCCGUCCACGAGCAAGAAGACGUCGUCGGCGCGGCACCCGGACGAGGACGAAGACGAGUCGUACUUCUCGCAGUACGAAGACAACACGGCCAAGAUCCGACGGCAUCUCGAAGCCGCCGUCGUGGCGACACCUGUGGCAACAGCCGACCAACCCUCGGAGACAUCGCCACGGACAACCGCGUCCAUGUCGGCGCUCUCCACCGCAGAGAGCUCGUCCCCGCCUCGCCUCGCCACGAGCAGCGCGGUCGAUGCCCUCGUCGUCAAAUUCACGUCACGCUUGCGCCGACACCGCCACAUGCCCGCUGCACGCCACCAUUCGCUUCUCGUUGCCUCAGCGGCGGUGACACUGCCCGUGGAUGACGCACCUGCACCCCAACUCGGCAAGCCAAGCAGCCAUGUGCGAAGUUGCAAGAUCAAAGAAUUUGCAGGCACCGAGACAGCGUCGUCACUACUGGACGCCCCCAAGCUCAUGACGCCUGACCAGCUCUUGCCCAUCAAUGAAAAGAGCACUCUCUUGCAGGACGAGUCGAAAGCCAAGUUCAGUCUGACGACCGCCGAUGCACCGAGUGCAACAACAGAGAGCGACACCCCGGGCGGCUCCAAGACCAAGGACCUCCUCGGCACCAAGAUAAUGGAUGCCAAGGCCCCCGUGGCCGCGUCGCGCCUUCGCCGAGCCUCCGUCUCUUUGGCUUCCAGCAGCAGUAGCACGAGUGGCAGUGCCAAGGCGCCGCGCGAUGCGUCUUUGGGGGAGCAAGCGAUUGCGAGGCGCACGGAAAUGAGUCGCAUGAACGACUUUGAGCGCAUUGCGCUGGCCGACACGCGGCUGAAAACGGACGGUAGCUUUUCGUAGUCGACGACGACGACUAUUUACUACACGGAUGAUGAUAAUGCAACCCUACCCACCGAACACAUCGCCGUGUGCAUGUGAGCAAGGGUAUCUCC